CUUGACGUCUGUCUUAACACAGAUGUGCCGGUUUGUUAUUUAUAAAACUAGUUGAGGCUAAUUAGUCCGAUUGCAUUGUAUUUCACCGCUCAGUGUUAAAUUAGUUGUUAUUGUAACACAUUUUAGUCAAAAAUAUCGGUGAAGGUGCGACUUAAACGUAGACAUGGCUUUUAAAUGCCAAGAAGACAGCUAUUUGACAGAGUACACAUCAAUAGUAUUGAAAUGUGAACCUACUACAGAGCCGAUUGUUGACUAUGGGAAGAUAACUAAAUUUGAAGGAUAUAAAGUCACAUUGGAAAAUACUAUACUGUUUCCAGCGGGUGGCGGUCAGCCUCAUGAUGUUGGCUGGUUGAAUGAUACAGAAGUGUUACAAGUCCUGCGUAAAGGUGAGCAGGCUCUGCACUUUGUGAGGGAGCCACUGGCAGAAGGUACUGUUGUCAAUCAGAGACUUCACUGGGACCGACGCUUUGAUCAUAUGCAGCAACACUCAGGUCAGCAUUUACUGUCCGCUAUAUUAGAGAAAGAACACAAUCUACCCACGACGAGCUGGUGGCUCGGCGUCGACGAGAGCUACAUCGAGCUGGACGCGAAGGAAAUCACCGAUGACGUCAUCCAGGCCACGGAGGACAAGUGCAAUGAACUCAUCAGGAAGGCUGUGCCCGUCGACGUCAAGUUCUAUAAGGCCUGUGACUCGGCACUGGAUCAGGCACACACCAGAGGCCUGCCCGAGGACUGUACAGACACUAUCAGAAUCAUUUGCAUCCGGAAAAUCGACGAGAACAUGUGCUGUGGCACCCACGUCUCUAAUCUCAGUGAGCUGCAGAUGAUAAAGCUGAUUGGGACGGAACCCGGUAAGAAAGGAAAAACGAAUCUAAAGUUCCUCGUGGGGAACAGAGUCACUAGAACCUUCCAGAAAAUGCUUCAGAGAGAGAGGGUUUUGACAGGCUUACUUAAAAACGAACCAACACGACACGCAGACCUCAUUUACAAGCUACAGAAGAAUCUUAAACUCACAAACAAAUGCCUGCAAAGUGUACUAAUAGAUCUGGCCGUGUAUGAAGCGGACAAAAUAAGGAGUACCGUGCCUGUACCAAAGUACGUUAUCAUGUUCAAGAAAGAGGCGACUCCUGAAUUCAACCGCGCUAUACUCAAAGGCUUGGAAGGAACAGACAUGUUCAUAUUCCUCGCAUCUGAAGAACCUGAUAAACCGAAUGAAGGUCAGAUCAUUAUACAAGGCCCUGUGGAACACUGUGAUGCUUUAGGCACUAAAAUAACAGAUCUGUUAAAAGGCCGGGGCGCGUUCAAGAAUGGCAGGUUCCAAGGCAAGGCUGGAGAUUUGUCGGCAAUGAGCAAAUGCAAACGAUUGAUCGAAGAUUACUUUAAUAACUUAAAAUAGACAUAAUAAAGUAGUCGUAUUACAUAA